AUGAGCAAGACUUUCAUACUGAAACGAAAUACCUCCAGUGAGGAGAGAAGUGCGCUCCCAACAGCGGAAUUACGGUCGAGGUCACUGUCAAGAAACGGCGGCUAUUACUAUCCUUACGUGAAAUCUGACUUCGGCUUUGAUGGAUCGCCUCUACGCUGCCAGACCCAUGACACUCCCAGGAACAAUUUAUACUACCCAGCAACACAGGAGAACCACUCCAAAGAAUAUGCUGACCGAAAGCAGAAUAAAAGGUCUAGCUCGCAGCGCUACACCAGCCCCGACAAUUACACUGUCAAACGGAAUAGGAGGACCAGUCCCAGCCCGGCCAGUAAAGGCGACCUCAGGAGGAAGAUGGUGUUUGUCCUUCAUGAUGAGAUCAAAAAGUCGCCUUGCACCACAACCCUGGAGGAGAUCACAGACUUGGAUAAGAUCACCGAAAUGUGUAUGACCACUCUACGAUCGAUGAUGGAGCACAAGAAGUACAGAAAAUACCUCCACCACAUGAACAACAACAACUCCCUACCCUGGUACAACUACCUCCUGUGUAUUGGCAGCGUCGGUAGUUUCGACAGCCUCCUUGAGUAG